AUGGCCGACCGUACAUGGUGGGAGGUUCCUCCUCCUCUAUCAGAUGGAAUUGCCGCAUCGAUUAAGCUUCGCGGGCCAACAUUGGAGCGCAACACCCAACCCCCUUUUUAUAAAAAAGGAUCACCGGAAAUCUCCCCUUAUUUACGAACUUGUAUUUUAAACUUAAAGGUUUUGAAAUAUUGCGAUCAUCUUCAUGGAAAAUGGUACUUCUCAGAGGUACGCGCAAUCUUUUCGAGACGAUAUCUUCUUCAAAAUUUGGCGAUCGAAAUCUUUUUGGCGAGCAGAACGUCCAUCAUGUUUGCGUUCCCAGAUCAAGCCACCGUGAAGAAAGUAAUAAGAGCUUUGCCGAGAGUUGGUGUUGGAAUUAAAUAUGGAAUAACACAAACAAGGAGAGCCAGUAUGAUGUCUCCGCGUCAACUAAUGCGUAACUCGAACAUGACUCAAAAAUGGCAAAGAAGAGAAAUUUCCAAUUUCGAGUACUUGAUGUUCCUCAACACCAUCGCAGGUCGAACUUACAACGACUUAAAUCAAUACCCAGUCUUUCCGUGGGUUUUAACAAAUUACGAAACUAAAGAACUUGAUUUAAGUCAACCAAAUAAUUACCGCGACCUUUCGAAACCAAUUGGAGCUUUAAAUCCAAGUAGAAGAGCUUAUUUCGAAGAUCGCUACAACAGUUGGGACCAUGAAAGUAUCCCACCCUUCCAUUAUGGGACUCAUUAUUCAACAUCGACGUUCGUUUUAAAUUGGUUAAUAAGAGUGGAACCGAUGACGACGAUGUUUUUAUCUUUACAAGGUGGAAAAUUUGAUCAUCCCGAUCGAUUAUUCUCUUCGGUCGCUUUGUCGUGGAAAAAUAGUCAAAGAGAUACAUCCGAUGUUAAAGAAUUAAUACCGGAAUUUUUCUUUUUACCCGAAAUGUUCGUCAAUUCUAAUAGGUACCGGUUGGGUACUCAAGAUGGUGGGAAAAUGGUUGAUGAUGUUGAGUUGCCGCCGUGGGCUAAUUCUCCAGAAGAGUUUGUUAGAAUUAAUAGAAUGGCUUUAGAAUCCGAAUUUGUAUCAUGUCAAUUACACCAAUGGAUCGAUUUGAUCUUUGGUUAUAAACAGAAAGGACCCGAGGCUGUUAGGGCCACAAACGUCUUUUAUUACCUCACCUAUGAAGGCAGCGUGGAUAUGGAUUCAAUAACGGAUAAGGUUAUGAAAGAAGCAAUCGAAAAUCAAAUUAGAAAUUUCGGACAAACACCUUCUCAAUUAUUAAUGGAACCACAUCCACCUCGCAGUUCAGCAAUGCAUCUGUCCCCAAUGAUGUUUUCGAGUAUCCCCGACGAUGUUUGUAUGACAAUGAAAUUUUUAUCAAAUUCACCAAUAGUCCACAUCUCAGCAAAUACUUAUCCGCAACUUCCUAUGCCCUCAGUAGUUACAGUCACAAUGCAUCAACAAUUCGCUGUAAAUCGUUGGAAUUCGGGAUACGCAGCGGUGGCUCAAUCUCCGAGUUACGCCGAAUCACCACAAAAUCAAGGCGCAAAUUUACCAUUAUCGAUGGAUCCAGUUUUAUCCCAAACCAACAACAGUAAUAAUCCAGCUUUACGAAGACACCUCGGCGAUAAUUUUAGUCAAAACUUAAAAAUCCGUUCGAACUGUUUCGUAACGACGGUAGACAGUAAAUUUUUAGUAGCUUGCGGAUUUUGGGACAAUAGCUUUAGAGUAUUUUCAACGGAAACCGCAAAAAUCGUUCAAAUUAUAUUCGGACAUUACGGCGUGGUUACUUGCCUUUCGAGAUCUGAGUGUAACAUCACUUCCGAUUGUUACAUCGCUUCCGGAUCGGCCGAUUGCACCGUUUUAUUGUGGCAUUGGAACGCGCGCACUCAAACGAUUGUCGGCGAGGGGGAUGUCCCUACACCUAGGGCUACUUUAACCGGACACGAACAACCCGUUUCAAGCGUUGUUAUUUCCGCCGAAUUAGGAUUAGUCGUUUCAGGAUCAUACAAUGGUCCCGUUUUGGUACAUACAACUUUUGGUGAUUUAUUAAGGUCUUUAGAAGCGCCUAAUGGUUUUUGUUCUCCCGAAAAUAUCGCGAUGUCCAGGGAGGGUGUUACUGUAGUCAAUUAUGAAAGGGGAAAUAUUGCAGCUUUUACUAUUAAUGGGAAAAGGCUUCGACAUGAAUCACACAAUGACAAUUUACAGGUAAAGUAUUUUAUAUUAUUAUUACAUCAUAAAAGAUCACAUCAAAAAGAUACUUUUGAGGUUGGCUUUUUGAUUAAAGUUAGAGGCAGCUAAAAAUUAUAUACUACAAAUGAUUACUGCAGGAUGAAUACCAUAGUUAAAGACAAGGAACU